GAUUAAAUUCCAAUGAUGAUGCGGAGGAUUCUGAAUCUGAUGGUGAGAUGUAUCAGAAUGAAGAAGAAGAAACGAAUGAACAGCAAGAAGAGGAAGACAGCUAUUAUGAAGAUGCGAGAAUAGAAUUUCUGGAAAAUGAAAGUGACACACAUGAAGUUAAUGAUGAAGAGGGGAACAUUGAAGUUAAUGAAGAGAGUGUAAUUGUACCUGAAGCAUCAACGGAAAUAAAGAAGAGAGGAAGACCAAAAAAUGUGACAAAAGAAGUCAUGCAGGUUCGAAGAAAUAUUGAACAAGAAAAGUUAGAGAAGCAAGGCAAUCACACGAGUGGGAAGAGUGGAGAAAAGCUAUGAGUGAAGAAAUGAAAUCAAUGCAACGUCAUAAGGUAUGGGAUUUGGUUGAUCGACCUAGAGAAAAACGCGUGAUAAAGAAUAAGUGGAUAUUUGCUAUAAAGGAAGACCCGAUUACGCUUGAAAGAAAAUUCAAGGCGAGAUUAGUCGCAAUGGGCUGUGGGCAACGUCCAGGCUAUGAUUACGAGGAAACCUUCGCUCCAACAGUCAGGAUGGAAACAAUUAGAUUGUUAAUUAGCGUAUGUGCGGAAAAAGGAA